AUGGAUCGCCAGAGCACGUACACACUCAGCCUCGGCCUGCCUGGCACCGAUCGCGAUGAGUCUGAGAAGACCAAUUCUCAAAUUCAGCAGCUGCUGGUCAAUUUCGUCCUUGAUUUCCACAUCGACAACGUCUUCAUCUACAGAGAUCAAAUUCGCGAGAAUGCACUGAUCAAGCAGUACUACUGCGACAUUGACAUCGCCCACCUCAUCUCCUACAACGAAGAGCUGGCCCACAAGCUCACCACUGCUCCCGCCGACCUCAUUCCUCUCUUCGAGACCGCCCUCAAGACUUGUACCCAGCGUAUCGUCUAUCCUUCGCAGAAGAAUAUCAAUCUUCCCCAGCACCAGCUCCUCCUACAUUCCUCCGCGUCCCGAAUUUCCAUCCGCGAUCUCAACGCCACCAAUGUCUCCCACCUUGUGAGGAUACCAGGCAUUGUCAUCGGCGCCUCCACCCUGACCUCGAAAGCGACCACGCUUCACAUACAAUGCCGCAACUGCCAACAUUCACAGACCCUGCCAGUAACGAGUGGCUUCGCCGGCGUUUCGCUACCGCGCACCUGCGGCAGAGAAAGGACCGAGGGUGACACAGCUGACAAGUGCCCGCUGGAUCCCUACUUCGUCGUCCACGAGAAGUGCGCCUUCAUCGACCAACAAGUCCUGAAGCUUCAGGAAGCUCCGGACCAGGUCCCGGUUGGAGAACUGCCUCGCCACAUCUUGGUCUCGGCCGAUCGGUACCUGUGCAACAGAGUCGUGCCUGGUUCGCAAUGCACCGUCAUGGGCGUGUUCUCAAUCUACCAGAACAAAGGCGGCAAGGGUAACACUGCCGUUGCUAUCCGCAACCCCUACCUCCGGGCCGUCGGCAUCCAAUCCGACGUCGAUCACACCAUGAAAGGCAACGCUACCUUUACGGAAGAGGAAGAGCAGGAAUUCCUGGAGAUGAGCAGGAGGCCCGACCUCUACCAGGUUCUCGCAGACUGCAUUGCGCCCUCGAUUUACGGUAAUGCGGAUAUCAAAAAGGCAAUUGCAUGUCUCCUCUUUGGUGGCUCGAAGAAGAUUCUGCCCGACGGCAUGAAGCUGAGAGGCGAUAUCAACGUUCUUCUUCUCGGUGACCCAGGUACUGCCAAAUCACAACUGUUGAAGUUCGUCCAGAAGGUCGCGCCGAUUGCGAUUUACACCUCUGGCAAGGGUUCUUCUGCGGCCGGUUUGACGGCCUCGGUCCAGCGUGAUCACAAUACACGCGAGUUCUACCUGGAGGGCGGUGCAAUGGUUCUGGCGGACGGUGGUGUCGUUUGUAUUGAUGAGUUUGACAAGAUGCGCGACGAGGAUCGUGUGGCAAUUCACGAGGCCAUGGAGCAGCAGACGAUUUCCAUUGCCAAAGCAGGCAUCACUACUAUCCUGAAUGCUAGGACCUCGGUCCUUGCAGCUGCAAACCCUAUCUUCGGACGGUACGAUGACCUGAAGACCCCGGGCGAAAACAUCGACUUUCAGACGACUAUCCUGUCACGUUUCGACAUGAUUUUCAUCGUCCGCGAUGAGCAUGAGCGUGGCCGCGAUGAGACAAUAGCCAAGCACGUCAUGGGAAUCCACAUGGGUGGCCGUAGCGUCGAGGAGCAGGUGCAAGUUGAGAUCCCAGACGAUAAAAUGAAGCGGUACAUCAGCUAUUGCAAGCAAAAAUGCGCACCUCGCCUCUCUGCUGAGGCAGCCGAAAAGCUCUCUUCGCACUUCGUCAGCAUUCGCCGUCAAGUUCAUGCUGCUGAAAUGACUGCCAAUGCUCGGUCAUCCAUUCCCAUCACCGUGCGUCAGCUCGAGGCUAUUGUUCGUAUAACAGAGUCUUUGGCGAAGAUGACGCUGUCGCCGAUCGCCACCGAGGCGCACGUUGACGAGGCGAUCCGUCUCUUCCUGGCUAGCACCAUGGACGCCGUGACUCAGGGCGAGGGUCAAGGCAGCCGGGAACUCAUGGAAGAGGUUAACAAGGUUGAGGAGGAGCUCAGGAGACGUCUGCCCAUUGGCUGGACCACCAGUCUAGCGACGCUCAAGCGAGAAUUUGUGGACGCAAAGGGUUACAGCGAACAGGCGCUCAACAGAGCACUGAUUGUCAUGCAACGGAGGGAAACAGUGCAGAUCCGACACGGUGGAGCCCAGGUGCAUCGGAGUGGUGUCUGA